AUGACGUUCUCUAACCUUCUACGUCACAACGUCAGAGAUGCAAAUGAGAAAACCAACUGUACGAACGGGCAAAGGCUGAGGAAGUCCAGCAGCUGUUCCUCGCAGGCCAGCUGUGGCUUUUGCGAAUUCAUUGAGGCCUCUCGUUGGGAAUCAGGACCCAAUGAUCCUUCCACUCCCAAAUCAGCGUCGGCUUGUACUUUGUGUACCAAUGAAGACACAGCGUCCAGAACCUACCCGUCUCCAUCCAAAAAGAGAAAGAUUCUGCCGCCUCCCGUGUGUAUAGACCCGGACUGCUCCGAGGUUACCUGCAAGGAGUGCCCUGAAAGUGUCUGCGACGAGUGCUCCAACCAUGAAGAGAGCUGUGAGGAGUGUGUUCCACACUGCGUAUCCGAUUGCGUCUCCGACUGUAGGAUCUCGCUGUGUGGCGAUAGACCGGAGAGCAGUCUUCAUGAUGACUAUCCCUUCGAUAACUCUUAUUUCGAGCUCUUUGGCGAUCAGGCAACGCAGAUGUUUGACCUCGAUGGCUCUAUACCUCAACUCCCUGUGAAUACCCUACCCACCACCUUUGAUGAUUUAGGCCUGUGUUGUGGUAAUCCUACUGCCUCAACUCCUGCUAGUGUGGGUGCUUUCGAGAAUUCCAUUAGUUCAUAUGGCGAACCAGAACACCCUCGCGUCGCAAUGCAAGUUCAAAGGCAAUACCGAGCUCUUGACCCCGCUCAGUCCACCUUCCUUGACAACAUGUCAGUCCCUGCCCCUGCACCGGCAUUCACUGAUGGGUGGACACCAUCAUCCGCAGUGAACACUGGAGGUGCCGCAGAUGGCGCAGCAUCCGCUCUUGUCUCUUCAUCCAGUGCGUCAUUGAACAACGAGCAGAUCGAAGCUGGCGUUUCCAACAUCUCUUCCAAACAUGACAAUAUUUCUGUCCGCAAUUCUGUACACUCAUUUCAGGCUAAGACCAUGGUGACAGCACCCAAAAAUAGUGCUCUGCCGCAGAAUUCCACCCUGAUUCCAAACCAAGCUUCUAAUAGACCUUUCCGUCCUUCCGCACCCUGUCAAUGGACCGACCCAGGUGGUCAAUCUUGUGGUAAGGUCUUUGAACUCGGCAGUGACUUACAUGAACAUCUCAAAACCGCUCAUAACGUCAACCGCGAGGUCUUUUGCCUGUGGCGUGGAUGUCGUGUGGGCGCCCUUGGUUCCACGCCACACAAGUACGCCAACAGCGUCGAACGACACACCUGGGGCCACAGCGGAUACCGGCCGUAUAAAUGUGCGACCUGCUCCGAAGGUUUCGCAGCCGCCAACGUCCGCGACGAGCACAUCGCCAACAUCCACCAGAAGAGGAAGAUGUUCUCCUGCGACAUCUGUUCCCAUCAAUGCACCAGUGCGCGGAACCUGAAAAGACACAAAGACGAUACGCAUAAAGACGAACGCUUCCAAUGCGAAUUCUGCAAUCGCAACGGAAAGAUCAGAUUGUUCCCCCGUGGCUCGAACCUGGCGCGCCACUUCAGGAAGUGCAAGCACGUGCUUGCUUUGUUCCCCAACGCCGCCGGUGCCGCGGCGGGCAAGAUCGAAGACGACUGGUUCCCGACCGGAUAUCGAGGCGGCCAUCAAGGAAUGGACAAAGCGAAGAUCGUGCCGCCGCAAUACCUGCCGCUGUCCUAG